GAGGAGUGUACCGGGAGGAGUGUGCGAGAGCAGUGAGUGCGCUGCACGGUGCGGCGGUGAAGAUGGCGGAGACUGUGCGUCCUGUGUGUGAGCGCCGGGCGCACACUGAAGCAGAUGGUGGGAAACCUGCUCUGCCGUUACGAGGACGAGGAUGUGGGAGAAAACGGAAGGGAACCCCUGUAAAAGUAUUCGUGUCUGACUCUGGGGAAGGACCAGGGCAAGGUAAAGGAGUUGCAGAAAGAGCGUCAACAGCAGAUAAAAAUAAGAGCCUCCCUCAAAAACUUAAUAAAGUCUCCAAUGGGUCCAAGGGCAGUUCUUGCUCCACACCUGCUCCACUCCCCCCUACAACCACAGGAUCUGCUCAGACUAGUCCACACCCCUCCCUUCCCUCGGCCUCUGCCCCAAGACACAGCUCUCCUCCGGCACCAAACUGUCGCAUCCGAGAGGUCCAUUGUGCCAAUCAAGUCCGACUUGUGGUUAUCGCCAUUCGGGACAUCACAAGGGGAGAAGAGAUCACCGUGGACUACAGCCUCAUCGAGUGGGGAGAAAAUCUGGGAUUCAGCAGAGGUUUGUCCCCAGCACAACAUGAGUACACUGAGACAGAGAACAACAACAAAAUCAAAAAGGAGGAAGAGCCUUUCCCUCUGAUUGCACUACACCAGGAGCAGCAGCAAGUCUAUGUCACCCCCUCAUGGUCCCUGUCCCCUUCAGCCUCUCCCAUAUCACAUUCGGAUGGCAGUGGCUCAGAGCGGGAGGAAGACAACCCCAGCCUACGAGGACAUGCACCCCCGCUCCAAAAGAAGCAACAGAGCACUCCUUCAAAGAAAAAUCCCCCUUAUCGGACAUCACCAGGGCGGGCUCAGCAGACCGCAGUUGGCUAUGACCAUCUCGACCAGUCCAUUCCUUCAUCUGAUGCACCUCCACAUCAGCUGCCUACUUCACCCUCCUCCUCAUUUUCACCUAAACCAGUGUUCAAAGCUCCAGGUCCCUUCAGCGCUAUAGACUGCAUCACCCAAACCUGUGAGUUCUGCGGGCGCAAUUUCCGCUCCUUGGGCCGCCACUUGGACAAGCACCACGCCCACCAGCCAGACGUGUGCUCCGCCCUGGUGGAACUCUACACACAGAUGCCUCGCUUACAGGCUCAGAGCCCCCACCCCAAUGCAGCGCAAUCCCAUUUACCGCCCCUAGUAAAGUCACUGGAGGAGUCUGAAGUCCACGAACUAUCCCUGAGUCCACCCAAUCUAAUGGCAGCCCAUCACUCACCUUCGGUCUCCCCGCCUCCAUCACAGAGUGCAGUGGGUGUUUGUGUUCACAACCGUAGCCCACCACCUGCAGUUGUGGGCCCCAUCAGAAAGGGGGGGAAGAAGAGGUCAAAGACAGGCAUGCGGAAUCAAGAGGAAGACUUAGGAGAAUCAGGUCUGAAGAGGGUCAAUGAUGAGAAUGUCUGCGCCCUGAGUCCACUGAGUGGAGCGAUGGAGUCAGUGAAAGUGAAGCAGGACGACACUUCUGACAUCGAUGAGGAGAACGGCAUGAGAGAAGUGGAAUUUGACAGUGGCGCUGACGAUAAAGAAAAGAUGUUAAGCCCUUCCGGACACCCCCGCAUGUUGUACCUCCUCUCCUCCUUGUCAUCUCUGGUCCUCUACCUGCGCCGCCUACAGCACUCGGCCUUUCUGUCCCUGUCCCGGCAGCUUCAGUCCGCAGAAGCCUGGAGACUUUUGUGCCACUCCAGCUUGUCCCUGCUUAUACUAUACAACCGACGACGAGAAUGUGAGGUAUCCAAGCUCUUAAUCACGGAGUACCACUCUCGUGUCACUCCCCAGUGCCCCAUCCCAGUCCCGCCGGGCGCUCCCCCCGCUCUCACCCCACUGGAGGCUACUCUUUCCCCCUUUGAGCGGCUGGUACUGACCCAUCUGCCCAGAGUAGGGGUGCAAGGAAAACGCGGAAGGGUGCAGCCUCUCAUUCUCCCUCCUCACAGCGAGCCCUGCCUGGAGCUCCUCUUACAGACUCGUCAUGGGGUAGGCGUGGACCCCGCUAACCCGUACAUGUUCGCCCGGCCGUACCACUCCCCAGCCACCCCCCUCCGAGGCACUGAACUCCUGCGUAGCUUAGCCCGCUCCAGUGGAAUCCAUAACCCUCGCACACUGACCCAGACUCGGGUGCGGAGGCAGGUUGGCAUCCUCACCCAGCUUCUGCUCCUGGGAGAGGGGGAGGAGCCAGGACAGGUGGGUGGCGGUGCUGUGGAAAGGUUGGAGCAAUUCCUGGAAAGAGAGUAUCAUGUGAUGCAGAGCUGUGCUGACAUUGGUCAAGACGCAGGGCUGAUGGGCAGAGUUGGGCGCGUGGUGCUUUGUGGAGAGCGAGACGGAGUUCUCUUCAGAGGAAUGAGUCUAAACCACAUCUGUCUGGAGCUGGAUGUAAUGUCAGAGAACUCCGCUGACUCGUAUUCAGAGGGAGAGUCAGAUGGAGAGACUGUGAAGGAGAAAAGUGAGGCUUCGGGUGCAGGACCAUUACAGACCCAGGCCUCUGCUCUGCUGAAUGUGAAGAAGACCAAAAACAAAGGACGCACCAAAAAGCCCAAGAACACACAAGCACUUCAUUCACUGUCUACUUUGCUUGUCCCUCUUCUACCUGCCAAUCGCAGGGGCUUAGGAAAGCGCGGCGUCCUGAAGCGUCCCUGGUCUGAGGCUGAGCGAGCAGCGGUAGAGGAGCAUCUGAACCAAAACAUCACUGAGCUUCGAGUUCCUGCCAAGGCCGACUGUGAGCGCUGCCUGCAGAACAGUCCACUGCUGGUCAACAACCACCGCGACUGGAGAGCUGUCAAGUUCUACUGCCACAACCGCAUCCAGCUGCUAAAGAAGAUCCAGAGACGAGAGAGCCAGCCCCUGUUGUGUGCUGAAGAGCAGCCAAUAGACAAAUGAUUUCAUUAGAGGGAUCAGGAAAAGGCAAAAGCAUAUUUUGUGCUUAAAAUUCUCAAUGUAAAUGUUUUAGGCCUUUUGUCUUAUGUGGGUGACGUCACAUCUAAUGUUUUUCAUAAUGAAAAGAGUAUUUGCUCAUUAUUUAGAGUGAAUGUGCUUAUAUAUGUUCAUCAUGUUUAAUGAAAGUAUACCUGUGUUUUGUUCAAACACCCGUACAGUUCUGUUACAUACGUGUACAUCAGUGUUGCUCUGUUAGACGAUAGACUGUAUAUAUAGUUACAUUUGUGUACAGAUGUAAAUAGUGUUUCAGAGAAAAGAAAUAUACUGUAUGAAAGGAGGUUGUUGUUGU